UUCACCUGGAGCGCGUGUGUCCUGGCAGUAGGAAAACACAUUGAUAGCUGUCAAGUACGGUUUUUUUUUUGUUGCAUAACAUAAUAUUUUGACGAUUUGUAAGAUCUGGGACUUAAGGUCGUUCCCCAGGGGACACAGAGAUGGUGGAUGAGGGGAGACCUGCAACACGUUUGGAAGACGAGAUCAACAUGAGGUCCUGGCUAGGAUUAAACUUGAUUUGUAGCAGUGGGAUUUUCGAGCAGAUGUAUCAUUGGACGGGGAAUAAGGGGCCACCAGCACGGCGGAAUUGGAUCAAGAUUGGCACCGACGACAAGACGGCAUGGCCGCUAGAACAGCAGCUGCCUGUGGAUUGUGACUCCUUUCAGGUCUGUUAACAUGUUCCGGCGUGUGCUGGUGAAAACCUUGGGGCUCGUUGGCGUCACCAUCCAGUACGGUUGUAUUGCCCACUGCACCUUUGAGUACAUCGGCGAGUUUGUGCUGUGUUCUGGCCCAUCUAUGGAACCUACGAUCACAAACCAUGACUUAAUCUUCUCGGAACGACUGAGCCGCCACUUCUACAGGAUUGAAAAGGGGGAUAUUGUAAUUGCAAAAAGUCCCUUUGAUCCGAAGAUGAAUAUUUGUAAAAGAGUAAUUGGAUUAGAAGGAGACAAAGUCUGCACCAGCAGCCCAUCAGAUGUCUUUAAAGCCCACAUUUACGUUCCAAAAGGGCACGUAUGGCUGGAAGGGGAUAACCUUAGGAACUCCACAGACUCACGGACUUAUGGCCCGGUUCCCUAUGCCCUCAUCCGAGGACGGGUUUGCUUGAAGGUAUUGCUUGAAUAACUGAUUUGUGCUAUGGUUUGCCCUUUCAAUUUUAAUCUGAAUGUCUACGGAAUGCAAUUUGAUUUAAAGACAAGGAUACAUAUAGGGUCACACACAUAGUCUACGUUACCAUUUAGCUCCACAAAUUAUA